AUGUUUUCAUUUCCAAUUCAUGGUAGAAGACCAGCUGUCGAACGCAUGUUCUUUCAUCUCAUUGGCGAAAAUCCAGUGGUGUUCGCAGAUAAUCAGAGAAUGGAACAUGUUCUUGAAAAACCAAGUGUUACCGAAUCAAUGUUCACUUCAUGGUUUAAAGCAAAUGCAAACUAUUCAGAAGCGAGGAAGUUGACAUACGGUCAAUUUGUUUCUAAAUUUGUGUAUCAUAAGAAAAACAGAUGUUGGACUCCAAGAAAGAGAGAGUUCACGAUUCGCAGAUUGAUUUGGGUUCCUCCAUGUACUGGAGAGUUGUUUUACUUAAGAAUGAUGCUCACGGUUGUCAAAGGUCCCCUCACCUAUGAACAAUUAAAAAAUGUGGCUGGCGUACAGUUACUUACUUUCAGAGAAGCUUGCUUUGCACUUGGCUUUUUAGGAGAUGAUCAAGAGUUCAUUUCAGCCAUUCAAGAGGCCAAUAACUGGGGAUCAGGUCAUGCAUUACGAUAUCUAUUUGUCGUGUUGUUAUUGUCUAAUAUCAUGGAUAGACCUAAGCAUGUAUGGGAAAAAACAUGGCAUUGGUUGGCAGAUGGAAUACUAUAUAUUCAGAGAAGGAUAGCAAAUAAUCCAAAUUUUGGAACGGAACAGAAGGAGUUUGGCAGAUUUCAAAAGAUUUUGGAACGGAACAGAAGGAGUUUGGCAGAUUUCAAACCUAUGCCUUAUCCAAAGGAUUAUAUCACAGCUCAAUUAGGAAACAGACUUAUAUACGAUGAGAGAAACUAUAAUGCUCAGAAGUUGAAGCAAGAAUUCGACAAUCUUUACAAAAUGCUUACAGAUGAACAAAGGAUGAUAUUCAAUAAGAUAAUGAAAGCUGUUGAAGACCAAAAAGGUGGAGUGUUCUUUCUUCAUGGAUAUGGUGGAACAGGAAAGACUUUCAUGUGGCAAACUCUUGCCAGUGCAUUAAGAUGCAAACUGAAAAUUGUCUUGACAGUUGCAUCAAGUGGUAUAACAUCACUUCUACUUCCAGGAGGUAGAACUGCUCAUUCAAAGUUUAAAAUACCUGUUCCAACGGACGACAAUUCAACCUGCAAUAUUGAAUUUGAUAGUGAUCAUGCUGAGUUACUACAACAAACAAAAUUCAUAAUAUGGGACGAAGCUCCAAUGACUCACAAAUUUUUCUUUCAGGCUUUAGACAGAACUUUGAAGGAUGUUAUGAGUGAAUACAGUGACUCUGAUAAAAAUUUUGGUGGCAAAGUUUUUGUUUUUGGUGGCGAUUUCCGACAUAUAUUACCUGUCAUUCCAAGAAGGAAUAGGUCUGAAAUUGUUCAUGCUUCCAUUAAUGCUUCAGACAUUUGGGACCAUUGUCAAGUACUCACUUUAACAAGAAACAUGCGUUUAACGUGUGGAUGA